CAACCCCCCAGCGUUCAGUGGUACCGCUUCCUUCGUAGCAGGCGUUUCGCGCGCGUACCUUUGCACUGCGUUCGCGGUUCUCCAUGGAUUUUCUACCCUCCGGAAAGUGUCGUCGAAACGGUAUCCCGUUCCACAUCGAACCACCGGCUAACCCUUCGGUUCGACGCCCCGUUUUAAACCGACCUUCGAUCCCUGUUCGCUCCGCCUCGCGCCUCCGUGCUUUCGCCGAUUAAUUGUCCCGUUUUCUCGUGAAUUACGAGUGUUGUUUUCGACUUUGCGUUCCGUCGUUCGCGGAUUAUCGUUUCCGUUCUAUGACUUCGUUCGCGGAGAACCGGUGUCGACGAUAUGUAAAUACCGAGGACUGUGAUUUCUUUGCUACGCGAGCCCCAUGCCAAUUACAGAUUAUUUCUACUGUCGCCAGUGCUAAUUAAUUGGAGGCUUAAUAAUGAAGGACGAUCGCAGGUGCGGAAUAAUCGUUAGUGAAUAGAACAGUUGUUCGGAAGGACGAUUCGAUACGAAAUCGAUACGGUGCUCAUAAACUGGUUUUCGUUUCUCUGGACCUUUGUCCUUGUUUCGAUCGCUGCAAGAAGUUUUCCAAGGAGAAGAAACGUCUCCACGGGCUCCGAUUCGUCGAGGAUCAGCUUUAGGAUGAAUCUGUUCCUACGUUGCCUGAACAACGACAUGCAAGUACGAUGUGUCGCUUGGAGAGCCAUCAGGGUCAUCCUGCUGUAAUGUGGUUAUUACGUAAUGAAAGGAGGAGAAUGCAGAGCGGUAGAGGAGGCUAGAUGAGCCCCAACCCACAGACUGGUGCAUGUGCAGAACACCAAACAAUCGCACGCAAAGCACGAAAACGCACAUCUCCGAGUGGACACGGAAACGUAAACAAGCACAUGUGUGAAAGAAUACGCGGUCCAUCCUUGGCCCGCCAUUUUUGCGGCAUGGUCCUUUGGGCCACUGUACUAUUCCUCCAAGGAGCUGGUUUCGUCGGAUCGGUGACAGGUAUUCCUGGCGUCCCGGAAAAUAUUACAGUGAUGUUUCUGAAUCCGACGUCUGUCCGCGUUUCUUGGAGCACCAGUCAAGUCGAGCAAGUCGAGAAAUACGAUGUCACGUACAAACCAACCGAUGCCAGGAAACACAAUGACAGUUACAGGGUGGUGGCGGAGGUCGCAGGAAACAGCGAAGCGGUAACGUUGAGCGGUCUUAGGGCUGACACGCAAUAUCAACUCAUCGUCACUGCCGUAAGAGCAGGCAAAAAAUUUCGAAGUCGACCAAUCGUCUUCCGUACACUUGAACCGCCACGAACAUCCCCUCAACAGGAUGCAGCGGUAACUGGAGGCCCUCUUCCUCCUCCUCCACCUUCUUCUCAGCAACCACAACCCUACAUACAAGUCCGUGGCGUAGAAGUGGGUAUAGUGGUGAUGGUGUUGAUCUUUUGGGCAGGCGCGAUAGCGCUCUUCUUCAAUCGUUGGGGCAAGAUUCGCAUGUUGCUGCCAUAUCAGCCUGACUACAAGGAACAAUUAAAGGUUCCUGGGACUGGGGUAUGCGCAGCGGCAAACGUCGCAUGCACGCAACACCCGACUCAACACACCUGCUCUCAGCAUCUGCACUGGUCGAACCAUCACGUGGACUCGUUGGAUAGCGGGGGAGGUUUGGGGUGGCCGAGAACCUCGAGGCCGCGGGUGAACAGCGCCAUCGACGUAGCCGGCUUCCUAUCCCAGGAAUUUUUACGGCGUCAUGGUUCAACGUCAAAACUGUGCCGGAAGGUUCGCAGUGCAGAUAACUUGCCACUGGCGUCGACGAAUCGACAAGAUCCACGUAUUUCUAAAGAGGAAGGCAUCGAUGGCGAUAAAGAGUCCUUCCUGAAACCAACACAAGAAGAGAAAUACGAGGAUCUUGAGUCGAAGAAGCAAACUUGCCUCGAGAGUGGUUCGAAGGAUACCCCAGAGAUCUCGUUGCUCGAUCCGAAUAAUCAACAACAGUCUUCAAGGGAUUUCCCAACGGCAUCGUCGUCGUCGUCGUUCGUUGGUCGACGCUUUGGAGGAUGGAGAGCUGGCGGAAGUCACGAAUACGUUCGAUGUCCUGUACGACAACCUGCUUCCAUGGACGAGCGAUGUUAUCGGCGAUCUUACGAUAUAGACGCUCGUCUACCCUGUCAUUUCCACUCUUAUCGACGUGUCGGGAUCGAACGACACUCGAAGAGCUGCGACUACGCGAGACGCACUCCUGAAUCGAGCGUCGACGUCCAACAUUUUGGUCUGCCCAUCCUGAGCGUCAGCGAGCCCAGUCCACCGGACGAGAACGACCGCGUGGACGAGUAUUUGUAGGACUUGCUUGCCGAGGACUUCCUGAAGGAGCUCCUCGUGUGACCCAGCACGAUCACUCUAUUGAUGCGCGUGAUCCAAAACGUCCUGUAUACGCCAAAUUUGAGGUAAACUUCGAAGCAGGACUUUGAAUCGUACAGCGACAAAACCGGAGGAUCAUGGUUCUCGAUAAAGCGACGACGAUUUCGGAGCGAAAUACUCGAUCGAAUCGCUGCGAUUAGCGAGAAGUAAGUCACCGUCAUACGGUGUUUUAAUUUCGGAAUCGAUGAUAUUUUAAUCGCGCCAUCUAUUCAUCAAAUUCACCGGUCAACAUUUUUAUUUUACAUUGGUGCGCAUGUAUGAAGCAUUCUCGGUUGUACGAAAACCGAUUCGAAAGAGGAUUUAAUAUACAAUGGAUCGGUAUCGACGAUACGAACCAGAGAUGGGCAAGAUUUCGUUCGAAUAAUAGAUGAAGGAUAAGAUCAACGUACAGGUAUUUGCUCGUAAUAUUUAUUCGAUAGAAUGGUUCAAUUUUUAUUGGUUCGUUGUAGUAUACUUUAUUCGACAAUUCAAUUCUUUAUAUUCCAAGGGUAGUAAAUAAAAAGUUGUUUAUCGUUUACUGGAUAUAUUUAUUCGAAUAAGAAUUUUGCCCGUCGCUGGUGGGAUCAUGGGAAAGCAGUGGUGAUUUAUGUCUAAACAAUUUUUGUUUGUUACAAAUUGUUUCGCAUCCUCAGUUACGCCACUGCAGAGUAGUAAAGUUCUAGAUUACGUGACAGUAAAUUCAAAGAGAAAUUCUUUGCUGCGAUACACUAUCGAUUGCCACUGUUAACACUUUGUCUACCGGGAGUCUAUUCGUAGGCUUUUUAAUUCCAAUGUCUACCCGUCCGCAAUUUAUUAACUGUGUCGUUGGUUGCCUACUUACAAUGCUCAAUUGGAGGAAACAGAGAGGGAUUUUAACGUACGUUAUAACAGUAUGCACAAGUUAUUGUCAGCCUACGUUAAUAUACGGUGACUGUAGAAAGUAUUCAUACAUCGAUCAAUUUCUUUUUUAUAAACAAUGAUAUUCUACACAUUCUUGGGAAUCUUUAGAAUAGAUACAGUAGAAAAAAGAAUUAGUUAUUUAUAUAAGUUGCGAAAUUAACACGAAAAAACAAUAAAUCGAUAGAAAUAUAGAAGCAAUAAGUAUCCGUACAUUUGUAUUUAUUUAUUUUACUGCUUCAAACCAUAAAUGGCUUAUACACCAUACAAUAGUUGUGAUAAAUACAAUUUAGUUACAUCAAAUUCUUAUAUUACAGUCUUUGAGAAAACUAUAAAUAAUUGUUAACCCUUUAAUUCGUACAUUUGUUAAGUUUUUAAUACUUCAUGAAAGGAAACGAAAUUCACAUUAAUUUAUAAAUAAUUAAUACUUUGUGGAAUUUCCUUUUGAUUUUAUAAUUGCUGUAACUCGUCUUGACAUUAAAUUAACUAAGUGUCGAUGUUAUUCGAGGUGGGAUCUUCUUCCAUUCCUCUAUUAGAGCAUUUUUUUAAACUUCUUUAUUGGAAAUUUGAUGUUUUCUCAUUCGUACGAAGCAAUAACCUGAUGUGUUUAUGUUACGAAAUCUACUGUGAAUAGUUCGUCAUAAGAACCAUUAUUUAUUGCUUCUGUAUUUCUGCCGAUUUUUCGUAUUUCCUUGUUAAUUUCGCAAAUUAUAUAAACUAGUAAGUCUGGACUAUAUCUAUCCUAAAGAUUUCCGAGAAUAUGUAGAAUAUCAUUGAUUAUAAAAAAAGAAAUUAAGAAACUACAAUUUCACACAAGAGUUUUUUGGGAAAUUGAUCGGUGUACGAAUACAUUCUAGACCCACUGUACAUUAAUGUAGAAGAUCAUCUUCUGAGUUGUAAACUCUUUCUAAAUAAAGCGGUAGUUAAAGUGUUAAUACUCAGGUCGUUUUUAUAUAAACUCGAAACGAAAUUAUCCACGCAUCGACGAUCGCUACGCAUUAUUUCCAAUAAUAACGUAAAAGAACACGAAUUUCAGUCUUUUCCAUGAUUUUCUUUUUAAAUUGUUGACGCAUUCGCGACUUCAAAUUCUAUUCCUGGUUAUGACAAAAUUAUGAAAAUCAUUUUAUUUUGUACGCUACAUUUUUACAACAUUGAUAUUUCAAAACGUAUUUUGUAAUUUUUGUCAUCGCCCUAACGAUACAAAUUUGGGACGUCCAGCUUCAGAAUUUUAUUAUUUUCGUCAGUACUCGGUAUUAGAAAAUAUCUGCCGGUCACGAAUGUGUUACGAUUAAAAAUUCAAGUCUCUGUAUACAGGGUGUCCCAGAAUUAGUGUGAAAACCAGAAAUGGAGGAUAGCCGAGAUGAUUUUGAACCGUAAUUUUCUUUGCAAAAAUGAUCGGACGGUGCUUCGUUUUUGA